AUGUAUAUUCAUAAUUUAGCUCAUUCAUUGAUCAUUGAUCCAAAUGAUGAAAACCAAAAUGUUUUCAUGAAAGAAGAGCUUCAAGAGAUAAAAGAAUUUAAAAUAAAACAACCCCAAGCAUCUUUACAUGCACAAGACAAUAUUGUAGAUCUGAGAAAAUGGAUCAACCAUAGUGAAGCUUUUAAUGAAAAUUUUGAAAGAUUGAAACACUUUGAUUAUGAUUGGGUCAAGAAUACUUGCUUACAAUUUACAAAUAUUAUUGAAGUCUCAAGCAUUGAAGAUAAUAUUGAUUCAAGUCAAAUGAAAAUUUUAAGUGGUCAAACAAAUGAUGAUGAUGAUGGUUCUCUGACAUCCAAUAGUUAUUCUCCAAGUAUACCUUCACUGGCUUCUCGAUGCAAAUCAAUAUUAAACAAUAAAUCAGCAGAAUUUCAAUCAAAUCAAACUUUUUUAAAAUUUCCAUGA